AGGGGCAGGGAGGGGGACAGGGCCUGCUAUCCUCUUCAAUGAAGACGUUUACUUCUCACAGUUGUGGAGGCCGGAAGCUCAGAAUCAAGUGCCAAAUGGCUCUGCUACAGGAAUAGGGUGCCCUCUGAGGUCACCUCAGUGCCAGUGUCUCCAGGGACCUCUGCACCACACCAACUACCCAUGAGCCACUGCCUCCUGUGAACCCUGACCCAGACUGAAGCCACCCAACGUGUCACAGGACAUCACCCCAUGAUGACAACCAAGAACAUUGCCCCAGCCUCAAAGCCAGUGACCUACGUUCUGCUCCAGACAUCUUCAGAAGGCCCCAAAGCCACCAACAAAUCCUCCAAGACCAACAAGUCCAGGGGGUCCUUCCUCAAGACACCGGACUCGGUCAGAAAACUGUCCAAGCAGCUCCCAGGGAACUGUGAGAACUUCUUUCCUGAGGCUAAAAACUUCUACUGCCUAGACAUAUGUCCCUUUGUAGCAGGGAAGAUUCUGGACCCAGAGCCACAGCCACACGUCCCUAUCCCUGCGGCCACAGAAACCUAUAUUCCUGAAAAUCCCACAGCUAGGCUUCAACUGAUGGAUCAGGCAUAUGGGUUCAGAAAGAACAUCAACCCAGUCUUGUACCCUCCUAGGAAUGCACCCACUGUAUCAGCCAUGAAUACCCCCUCUGCAGAUGCCAUGAAGGUAUCCUCUAUAUCAGUCAUGAAGGCAGCAUCCUCUGCAGAUGCUGUGAAGGUACCCUCUGCAUCAGUCAUGAAGGUACCUUCUGCAGAUGUCAUGAAGGUACCUUCUGCAUCAGUCGUGAAGACACCCUCUGCAGAUGUCAUGAAGGUACCCUCUAUAGUAAUUAUGAAGCCACCCUCUACAGAUGUCAUUAAUGUAUCCUCUACAGAAAUUUUAAAGGCACCCCAUUUAGUGGCCUCAAAACAACUCUUUGCAUGGGUGACAAAGCCAAGGACCAAGAACCAACCUAAGAAUCAAAAGAAGCAAGACAAGGAAAAACAUUUACUCUCUCUUGACCUGGUGCUUGUCAACCGAAACCGCUUAACUCCAACCAUCCAACAUUUACCUAUUCCAGAGGCCACAAAGGUCAUAAUCAGGAACCCAUGUAAUUUAUUGAAUUACCAUCCAAUAAACAUCUGACUGCA